AUGACCCGCCAGAGGCUGGCUUGCGUUUUCAUUUUCAUGUUGGCGAUGAGGGACGUCUCCGCGGCACGCGAUUCCUUCCACGCGGGGAACGCCGCACAGGUCGUGGGAGCCGCUAUGAAGGAGUCCUCUGAUCGGUAUCAGCAGCAAGAGAAGGUCACCGAAGCCGGCUCCUUCUCCAUCUCGACCAUGUGGGCCCGGGGGAAGCAGAGUUCCUUGGAUUGGCUCUCCGCCAACGUCACUUUCCGUUUCAAGGAGCACGAGUCGCCUCCGUACGUCGAGAUCGAUGGCCUGGACACCAGGUACCGCAUCUUGCCCGAUGCCGUGGUGGCGAUGCAGAAGAUCGACGGCAUGGCCACCAUCUUCAUCACCGGCUGGCAGGCCUACCGUGACCACAAGGGCCGCUUCGGCUCCAGCCACUACUCCAAGGACGAGGCCCUUUGGAUCCGCACGGAGACGAAUCCCGUGGUUGGAGUGACCAACGAGAACAUCUUCUCAGAGCUCCUGCCCUUCGGCCGCGACGCCGGGCACAAGGUCUACGAGCACAAGGAGGGCGGGAAGAUCAUCCGCUACUUCAUGAACAGCCGGGGUGUGCAGAAGAUGGCAGAAGAAGACGAGGUGCAGUUUCACGCGACGAAGUCCCAGGACAUCGUGGAGCUGCAGCUGCCCGGCGAAGCCCCGAAGCAGAUGGCGAAUCCCGAUCGCGAUCUCAUGAUGUUGGUCGACGGCAUGCUGGGGGAGAUGUCCUGUAUGGGCAAGCCAAGUACCUGUGCCUUCCGCUGCUUCUACGACUCGGAGAACGAUGUCUGUGGCCCUUCCCACUUCUGCGAGAAGGUGGGCGCCGGCCCUGGGGACAACCUGGCGCCUUUCGGCAGUGUGCAGAAGUGCAAGGCCGUGGGCGGGUCAAGUCAUGAGGAUGCAGAUGGCCGCAUCGCUGAGAAGCUUGAGGACAUCAAGGGAGAUGUCUUGGACCUUACGGAGAAGUUGGAGCGGAGCCCAGCGAUCUCGGAGAGCGACUCGGGCCGAUCUUCCGUGAAGGAGACCUCGAAGCUGGUGCAGGAGGCCAACCAGAUGCUCAACAUCAUGGAGACCUUCCCGAUGCGCCUCCUUCCCGAAGCCGGGGACUUCCCCGUCGCCGCGGCGCGUGCCGCGCACACCGACAUGAAGCACUGGCGCCGCGGCCGGGACCGGCUGACCAUCCAGCAGUACCAGGAGGCUGGAAGCAAGAGCAUCUCCCAGGUGCGCGGCUCCCAGGAUUACUCCGUGCCGGCGAAGUUGCACAACACCUUGGUGGACUUCCUGAAGAAGCGUCCCGACAUGCUCAUCCGGUUCCUCAAGCACGAGACCAAGGACCAGUGCGUGCUCAGUGACGCGACGGCCUCGGACCGCGAACGCCUGGGCACCUUCGUGAACUACUACAUGUCCGUCCCUGGCUACAGCAUCAAUGACUUGAAGGACGUAACCCUGGAUCUCCCAGCACACUGCCAAGACUUCCUCGUGAGUGAAGAAGCCAUGGAUCCCGAAUCCAUAGUCCAGACCACCGAAGAGAGCCAGCAGAUCUUGUCCAACGCGACGAGCGCAAGCAGUGAAGGCGGCGUGCUGCAGGUGAAGUCCGAGCGUCUGGCUCGCGCCUUGGGCCCGGAUGGCACCAGCUUCUUGCAGGGUAGGACAGCGGCAGACUUCGCCGCCGACGAAUCUGAGAGGGCGCAGGAGGUGGUCUUCAUCAUCUUGUGCAUCGUCGUUUGCCUCGUUUGCUUCUUCUUCGCAACCGUGUUCUUCAUGAUGGGCUUUGGUUCUCUUGCCGGCUGCGUUGGAGAGAGUAGUGGUGCGAACAGUGGCCCUGGAUGCUUUGGAGCCUACUUCGUUUGCAUGAUCAUUGGCGGCUUGAUCAUGUGGGGUGCCUUUGCGAUGGCCACACCCGUGGGCAUCGCGGCGCUCAUUGGGGUCAUCGUCGUCCUCAUCGGGACGGCAGUCUAUAAGGCAGCUCAUCUCGAGAUCCGUGAGCACGAGUUCGUCAAGCCGCCGCCGAAGUGGAAGGCAGUCGCUCAUCUCGCCAUGUGA